AUGGUUCUUCAAGAUCUCGGCCGUCGCAUCAACGCGGCGGUCACAAACCUGACCCGAGAGCAAAAUCUCGAUGAAAAGGCUUUCGAUGGUAUGCUCAAGGAGAUUUGCGCCGCUCUCCUCGAAGCAGACGUCAAUGUACGACUCGUCGGCCAACUACGGAAAUCCAUCAAGUCGACAGUCAACUUUAAAGAACUCCCCCCCGCCGUAAACAAGAAACGCCUCAUCCAAAAAGCCGUCUUCGAUGAACUCGUCAAACUCGUCGAUCCCCACGCCGAACCCUUCCGACCGAAGAAGGGAAAGAGCAAUGUCAUCAUGUUUGUUGGUCUCCAGGGUGCAGGAAAGACAACGACAUGUACAAAGCUCGCGCGACAUUAUCAGUCCAGAGGUUUCAAGGCUUGUCUGGUUUGUGCUGAUACGUUCAGAGCUGGUGCUUUUGAUCAGUUGAAGCAGAAUGCUACAAAAGCCAAGAUUCCCUACUAUGGUUCUCUCACAGAAACGGAUCCUGCCGAAGUUGCGAGAGCUGGUGUUGAUCAAUUCAAGAAGGAGAGGUUUGAGGUCAUCAUUGUUGAUACGUCUGGUCGUCAUCGACAGGAAUCUGCUCUCUUCCAGGAGAUGGUGGAUAUUCAAGAAGCCAUUAAACCAGACGAGACUAUCAUGGUUCUUGAUGCUUCGAUCGGUCAACAAGCGGAAUCACAAGCCAAGGCUUUCAAGGAGGCGGCUGACUUUGGAGCCAUCAUCAUCACCAAGACGGACGGUCACGCGCACGGCGGUGGUGCUAUUUCUGCAGUCGCUGCGACACACACUCCAAUUGUCUUUAUCGGUACUGGUGAACAUAUGCUUGACUUUGAGAAGUUUGCUCCUCAACAAUUCGUUCAAAAGCUGCUUGGUAUGGGAGAUAUGGCUGGAUUGAUGGAGCACGUGCAGAGUUUGAACCUGAACCAAAAGGACACCAUCAAACACAUCCAGGAGGGUAUCUUUACGGUGCGCGAUUUGAGGGAUCAACUCUCCAACAUUAUGAAGAUGGGUCCUCUAUCAAAAAUGGCUGGUAUGAUUCCUGGCAUGAGCAACAUGAUGCAGGGCAUGGACGACGAAGAAGGCGGCGCCAAACUCAAGCGAAUGAUCUACAUCUGCGACUCAAUGACCGACAAGGAACUCGACUCGGACGGCAAGAUUCUUAUCGAACAACCAACUCGAAUGACACGGAUUGCACGAGGAUCAGGAACAUCAGUACGCGAAGUGGAGGACCUCCUAACCCAACAACGAAUGAUGGCAGGCAUGGCAAAGAAGAUGGGAGGAAACAUGAAGAACAUGCAACGAGCACAGCAAGCCAUGGGAGGAGGUAACAAGGCACAACAAUUAGCGGCCAUGCAAAAGAGGUUACAGAGCAUGGGAGGUGCAGGCGGUGCAGGAGGUAUGCCUGAUAUGGGUAGCUUGAUGAAGAUGCUUGGUGGAGGUGGCGGAGGUAUGCCUGGUGGUAUGGAUAUGCAGGCUAUGAUGAGGCAGAUGGGUAUGGGUGGUGGUGGCAUGCCUGGUAUGCCUGGGAUGCCGCCUGGAGGUGGUAGAGGUAGAAGGUGA